AUGUCAACAACCUCUAGCCAGAUCUCAAUAGACAUGAACCUCAACCACAUCGAGGGCAACUGCCUACGUAACCCAAUCCUUCCAGACCCCGCUAAAGCCAUCAUCACCACUCGCUUCAAUCGCGAUUUCGAUCCAGACUUACCCAUCUUACCCCUAUGCAUGCACUCCACCAACAGGGAUGUGAACAAGCCGCCAACCGAACUCGGUGUUUAUGAUACCAACAAGGGUUCUAGCUUUCAUUCCCAGGGGCGAUUCGUGCAUAUUGUACAUCAUGGCUAUGCUGCGUCGACACUGGAUAAUGGUAGGGAAGAGAAUAAACCCCUACGGGGAAGCGCGGAAGUAAUGGAAGUAAUCGGACAUGCUAGAGCGAGAUUUGACAGUCAAGACUACGAUGAAUUGCGAAUUUACAACAUUGUCAAACACGGACUUGCACACAUAACAAAAUUGGAGAGAGCGCUAGGCGAACACAUGUCGGCGAACAAAGAUACUAUGGCUUACGAGUCGGCCUACGCCUUAAUUAAGAUCCGGAAAACAACCCGACGUACGGCCCAGUUAACUACCCGGCUUUCAACCCCCAUUCAACGCCAGCCUCUAUAUCCGCUGGCAAAUGCCCCUCAACAUACCUCGGAGAACGGCGUUCACAACCCAGCAGCCUCCAUGGUAGUCAUGAUUCUCACGGAUCCGCGCUCGAAGAGAGAAAGUCCAGAGAAGCUCGCAGUCAACCCAUGCGUGCCCACAGCGCAUCCAAGAUACCUCGCAGCCAUAGCAGUACAAGAGCUCGCCGUCGAUUCGAAUUUGACCUUAAACAUUGCAGAGCACCUCGCACCAAGGGCUGAGGAAUUUUGA